GCACCGCUGAAGCCGGGCAGCGUGAAAGCGCUGACACGGGAGCAGGUUGCACGCUGCUCGCUUCUCCUCCUACCGGAUGUUUCACGGACAGAACCUCGAGUGAGACGUUUGGCAUCACGCAGGCAAGCGACAAAAAGACAAAGGUUUCUUUCUUUCAUUUUUCCCCCCACCCUUCCUACUCGCAUGCGCUGGGAAUCCCUCCACCAUGGCUUCCAACUUCAACGACAUAGUCAAACAGGGAUACGUGAGGAUACGGAGUAAGAAACUGGGGAUCUUCCGAAGAUGUUGGCUGGUAUUGAAAAAGGCGUCCAGUAAAGGACCACGACGCUUGGAGAAGUAUCCAGAUGAGAAGGCCGCUUAUUUUAGGAGUUUCAACAAGAUCACUGAGCUCCAUAAUAUCAAGAACAUUAGCAGGAUGCCCAGAGAGACCAAGAGACACGCUGUGGCCAUUAUCUUCUGUGACGACACUUCCAAAACGUUUGCCUGCGAAUCAGAGCUGGAUGCGGAGGAAUGGUGCAAGCUGCUGAGCGCCGAGUGCCUGGGUAGCCGUCUCAACGACAUCAGCCUGGGCGAACCAGACUUGCUAGCGGCGGGGGUGCAGCGGGAGCAGAACGAGCGUUUCAAUGUGUACCUAAUGCCCACCCCGAACUUGGACAUCUACGGGGAGUGCACUCUGCAGAUCACCCAUGAGAACAUCUACCUGUGGGACAUCCACAACGCCCGCCUCAAACUCGUCAUGUGGCCUCUCAGUUCGCUCCGCAGAUACGGUCGAGACUCCACCUGGUUCACGUUUGAGUCCGGAAGGAUGUGCGACACAGGCGAGGGCUUGUUCACGUUCCAGACACGAGAGGGGGAAAUGAUCUACCAGCGCGUUCAUUCGGCUACUCUGGCCAUUGCCCAGCAGCAUGAGAGAAUGAUGGAGGAGAUGGAGAAAAGCUCCCAGGUGCGCUCUUCGGAGACGCUCAGUAAGUCAAUUUCCCUGCCCCGCAGCGCCUAUUGGCAACACAUCACGCGGCAGAACAGCGUGGGAGAUCUCUUCAGUUACCAAGUGAGCAGCAUGUCGAUGACGUUCAUCCCUCGAGCUCAAACUUUCCCAAACUUUCUGUCCAACGAGCCCGAAAGGAAAGCAGAAGACGGAAAAGUUGAAGAGGGGAGGAGGCGCCAGGAAGAGGCGCUGUCGUCCUCUAGCGGCCGAGAUGCCACUUGCAGCUUGAGGCCGCUGCAAUGACAACAGUGGACACUGUAAAACGCAAUGUCAACCUAUAUGUAGUAUAUGACGUCAUUUCAAGAGUUGCUCCACCUUGUUUUGUAAUGUGACAGCAGAAGUAGCCUUAAUGGCACCAGACUUGUUUAAAUAAAUGUGUUCUUUUUAUGUUAAAGAACUUGUGACGUCACUGAAAUGUCCAAUCGAACACCUUAUUAAAGCUGACAUCGCAGUCUCAUUACACUGUAUUUAAGAUACAUAAUAGAUGACUGGAUAAUUUUAAUUGACAGUUUGCUAGGUAUUUGUUUAUUAUUGUGAUUGUAUUUUUCUUCAGGAAAAACUCAUUGCAAAUAGUAAGUAGAAAUGCAACACAAUAAUGAAAAGUUAUCCCGCUGUGAAACCUAGUAAAAUCAAAAUAUAUGAUAAAAUGUUCCAACCCAGUUCACAUGAACGGUAUUAUUGUUUAUUUUAUCUUUCCAUUUUCUGGCCUCAUGUAAGAAGUGCCUUCAGACCCACUGAGACCUCCUUUAAGCUUCUUGUUAGCACUGUCUUGCUUGUAACACACCUGCUGGCACUUUUUUAUCUUUUGUGCAAAAUCCAGAUGACAUUCUAUCAGCAUUUUGAAUAUCCUUUGGUGGUAAUUUAUUUGAAUGUUAUUAUUUAGUUUGUGUUGAAACAAAGCCCGUAGGACUGGAUAGAAAUGUACAAGCACUUCAAAGUUCCACAUGUGUCACUUUAUUUUCAUGCGUUCUAUUUAAGAAAAUCUAUAGACACCAUGUUUGUUUAUUAAAUGUGUUGUCAGAUUACAUCAAUAGCACUUUAAUUAUGUUGCAGUUUUCUCAAUGUAAAUAUGUUUUUUUUGAUGACAGAGGUAAUAAAC